AUGGCAACAAUUACUACGCCACCUCAACCCGAGCUUGCAACAAAGCCCUACCUCCUUGACGUACCCGACGAAGAGGCCCAAAGAGGUCGAAAACGCCGCCGUUCAUCCGGUACUCACACUUCUUCAGCAGGUAGCACCACGCUCCGUGGUCGAGGCCGUCGUCGCUCUCUAUCCGCAACCCUUCCAUCGGCUGACGUGACCGAGGAACGACCACGAUCAAGAUCGCCAGGACGAAAGUCGCCAGGAAAGAAGUAUGCAAAGAAGUAUUUGGAGGUGGCAAGUAGGACGGAAAAGAAGAGAAGAAGUCAAAGUCCUAGCCGGAGCCGAAGUAUGGGACGACAGGGAGAGCCGAAGCCGAGGCGAAGACAGAGAACUAGGAGCCGAAGUCGAGUCCAUGAUGAGAAAGGUGAGAAUGAAAGAGAGAAUGAUCGUGCUGGUGUGGAUUCAGGAGAGGUUGCUGUUGAAGAUUGA